AUGAAAGCCAACGCCUAUAAAGGAUUCCUUGAUGUUAGAGAUAAGAAUGAAAUAUGCUUCACUGCCAUGAUUUCAAGUUUUAUUUCAGAUUUCGAUGAUGUAAGUGUUGUAGAAUUGUUUUCGAAGAUGAGAAAACUAGGAUUGAUGCCAAAACAUUCCACCCUAAACUAUGUUCUUGGGGCUUAUGCAGAUCUUGAUAUGUUGGAAGAAGCCAAAGCCAUUCAUUCAUACAUCAUGAAAGCCUUUGGGGAAUCCGAUCAAUGCCUAGGAAAUGCUCUCAUCGAGAUGUAUGCAAAAUGCAAAGGAGUUGAUGAAGCCGCUAUGGUGUUUAAAGAAAUGGAUAUGCAUAAUGAGUUUUCAUGGACAGCCAUGAUAUCUCGGUACAUCGAAUUGAAGAGACUAGCAACACUUGAUCAAGGAAGAAAGACCCAUGCCUACGACAUAAAAUUAGGAUUUCAGUCUAAUGCCUUCAUUGGAAGUGCGUUGAUAGACAUGUAUGCAAAGUGCAGUAGUGUAAAUGAUGCUUUCCAAGCAUUCUCAAACAUGGGCGAACAAGAUCUUGUCACACGGAGCACCAUGAUGGCAUCGUAUGCACAACAUGGGCAUGGUGAAGAAGCUCUGAAGCGUCUCUCAGACUUUUAA